ACAACUGUGACUCCUUCCCUUCCCUCCCUUCCCUUUACGCUGGCCUGGCUCGAUGCCUCUGCCUCUCCUCCUCGCAAGCUUCCAGGAUACUCAGCUCGUCCGCAGUCUACAAUUCCCGCAUUUACACCCGCUCUACAACGACUCCAAAGAAACAGAAGACGUUCAGUCUCAACAACAGUUCAUGCCGCCUAAAUCUGUGUCGGUGUUUAGUCCCCAGGACGCGCUUGAUGAUGAUGAGGAUGAUGACCUCCCACCGCUCGUCGAGGCUCCGCCUUACACCGACGCCGACAACUUCAACACUCGUCCUCCCGAAGUACCUCAUGCACACCCCUCGCACACACAUGAACCGCUCAGUCUUACACUCAGCCCGACACAACGCGUCGGAGAUGGUGGUGGUAGUGGUGGGAUGCAGUUCACGUUCGCGAUGACUAUGACGCCCUCUGCGUUUGGUGCUGAACCGUCGUCCGCUCCCAUCUCGAUGAACGAGAAUAAUAAUAAUGGGAAUGCGUACACGCUCUUCCCGCCGCCUGGCCUCCCGCACCCACCUCCUACACCGCGCGACAACGAGAACGUCUUCCACGCGCGUACGCAUUCCUUCUCCGCACACGCGCACGCGCAAUUCCAGACACAUGUACAAGUUCAGACACCCAACGUCGGACCUGACGCGCCAAGUCCAUCCAAUGCAGACGCUGGCUCACCCUCCCCUGCUCCGUCUCCCUCCUUCGCAGGGGACUCAGUGACGACUGCGCUUGGGUCUGAGUCGCCUUCGCUUGAUGAGGUGAGGGAACCUGCGAGUGGGCCUUAUCGGUCGCACCUCGUUCCUCCUCAUCAAGGUGGAUUCGGAGCUGGGAGUGGUGGUAGUGGAGGUACGGGAGGAGGUGGGGGGAGGAAACCUCCCCGUCCACCAUCUUACAUCCCUCGUCCGCCCAACGCGUUCAUACUAUUCCGCGCAUCGUUCGUUAGGUCGCAGCGGAUGGACAACAACAGCUCGAGUGGUGGUGGUUCUGCGAUAACUGCGCAUGGGGUGACGACGAAAGGUGUUAGCGCUCUUGGACCUGGGAGCGUGAUUACCAUCGAGGCGUCUUCUUCUCCCACUACGAAAAAUGGAAAGGAAAAUAAAUCUCAGCUAUCUUCUUCGUUCGGCGGAGGUACAGGAGGAGGCGGUGGAGGUACUGGAGGAACAGGGACGGCACCUUCAACAUCCCUCAGCAAACUUGCAGGCCAAAUCUGGCGUGCAAUGCCCGCACACGAAAGGGCGGUAUGGGAAACAAGGGCGAGGGCUGCACAGGCAGAACAUAGAGCGAAGUAUCCGGAUUGGAGGUUUAGGCCUGAGAAUGCUAGUGGUGUUGGGUUUGGUUCUGUAAUGGUGGGUGGGGCGGAUGAUUGGGGUGGUGGUACUGCUGCAGGCGUUGCUCCUGCUGGUUCUGGAGGAGGGACGAAUACAGGAGGAGGAGGAGGAGGGACAAAUAUAGGAGGGACGUGGAAGAGAGGAGGAGGAGAGGAAGGGAGUACGAGUAAGAGGGAGAGGAAGAGUCGGGACAGGGAUAGGGAUAAAGACAAAGACAAAGAGAGGAAGAGGGGGAAGGAGAGGAUAAGUACCAGUGCGGGAGUUGGUACGAGUUUAGAUCCUGGUGGACCGAGUACGAAUAAGAGGACUACGACUACCUCGACAGCGAGUCAGACGAGGAGUCAGGCGCAGAGUCAGAGUACGAGUGUGAACCCGAGUCCGAGUCCUGGGUUGACGACGGAUGCGAGCGGGAGUGCGAACCAGCCGAUCGCAAUAUCGACGGCUGCAAGGGGCAGCACUGCGACGAGUUUGGAUCCGAGUACGCUUGGGUUGCCUGCGUGGGCGAUUGCGGGGUUGGGGUUUGAUACGGAAACAAAUCCAACUGACGUUUCCUCUCCUGGAACUGCUGCAGGACAAGCCGAGAACGAGAAUGCGAAAGAAGCGAAGACGAUGAAGAGCGAGAAUGAAGAUGCCGAUACCGUCAUGAAGGCGAAAGAUACGGAAAAUGGAGGAGGCGAAGCGUCGGCCGUCCGGUCUCCUCAGGCUUCAGGUGCAGAGAAGAAAGAGAAGAAGAAGGAAGAGGAACACGCUCCUUCCGAGGCGAACGUUUCAAGCGCAAUUCAACCGACGGAAUCGGAUGCUACUACGGGUAAACAGCAGCAGCAAGUGCGAAGUCGGGAACAGGAUACGCGAUUUGCGGUUCCGUUGACGGAUAUUGCGCGGAGGUCGACUUCUGCGCCGUGUACUGAAGAGAUGCGUGAAGGCGUACCAGCUACACCUGCUGUUACGAUGCCUGGUAAUGGUGCUUCGCGUCCCAGUCCUGUACCCGCGCCGGCGUCAGUGUCUUCAAAUCCCUUUCAAGCACACUCCCCACCUUCUUUUCGAGCGCACCCGCAGAGUGGAGCACUUCCCACACAUACUCGAGAUCGCAGCAUCACCACUAUGAGCGUGAGCUCUGGAAGUACUGCUAGCGGUGGUGGUGGUGGUGUCGUGCGCACCGCGCGGAGGAAUACAACGUCAAGUGUUUCGGGUGCAGCUUCGAGGCAGCUCUUUCGGACGGGGUUUCCGCCAAGUAUGAAUGUUGGAACGGGAGUUGGGCCUGCUUUUGGAUACGGACAUGGACACGGACAACAUUUUUUGUACGAGUAUGGACGUGGGGUAGGAGAAUUUGAGCAUGCUUCACCACCACCGCUUUCUCCGUCGUUGUCGUCUCCGCUUUCGGCGUCGUCGCCUACACAUACACAUGGACUUGCGUCUCCGUCGUUCUCCUCUGCGUACGUGCAGCCUUUCUCGCCGUCGUUGGUGCAUCACCCGCAUCCGCAUCCGCAUCCGCACCCGCACCCGCAUCCGUAUGCACAUGCACAUGCUAGAUUAGCGGCUCACCAGCAUCACCAGCAUCAUCAGCAUUAUCAACCGCAGGCGAUUAACUCGUUCUCGCCUGUACAUCCACCGCCGGAGGGGUUCUCGUUCACCCCGGUCGAACCGUCGUUCUUUCAAGGAACAGGAACGGCUGGUGGGGAACAGGAGAGUUCUUCCCCGGAGAUGAGCAUGGACGUGGAGAUGCAGGCACAGCAUAUUCCUGGUGGAGGUGUUGGGACGAGUACAAGUGCGAAUGUGAAUGCGAAUCGCUUUCCGCAGAUUUCGUCGUAUUCGUCGCUUACGGGGUGGGCAGGUUCGAACACGACGAACGUUGAAUAUGGACGUGAGUACGGUUCUGCAGCUAUGGGUGGUGGUGGAGGUACUGGUGGUGGAAACACUACUACACUUCUUCCGAGUCCUGCGCUUUCUGAAUUUGGCGGGAUGGGUGGAAUGAGGGGUGUGUUCGGUAUUUCUGGUGCACCAGCAUCAGCAUCUGCGUUAGUCCAGGCUCAUCCUUACUCUUACCCUUCGUACGCGGAUUUUGAGACAAGUGCGUUUACGGGUUACAACAACACGUACGGUGCGUUCGAGAUUGGGAUGAGUGGCGGUCUUGGAAACGUUCAGAAUACGGAUACGAAUACGGAUACGACGACGAAUUUGAAUUUGAAUUUGAAUUUGAGUGGAGAUGUGAGUGGGAUUGCGUUUGGACCUGGACCGAGUGGUACUACUGGGAACUCGACGCCGACGCCGAGUCCGACGGAAGGGAUGGGUGGUGGUGGUGCUGGUGGGGAGGGGGAGAGAGAGAAUGCGUUUCCGUUGCCUGUGCAGGAGAGGACUGUUACUGCCCAACAACAUCACCAGCAACACCAGCAACAGCAAGGAACGUCGCAUGAACGACAACCUCCACCGUUUCCGAUGCAGAGUAGUUCGGCGGAGACAACGUAUGGGAGUCCGUCAGCUGCUGGGAGUCCGACGUAUACUCCGCAGUAUGGUGGUGGAGUUGGCUCGACUGCUGCGAGUGCCACUGCCACUACUACUGGUGAAGGACCUUAUGUUGUGGAACGGUACUCGAUACCUGAUCCGGGUGCACGUAUGACGCGGACGAAAGAUAAGAAAAGGUGAAGAGAAGAAGAAACACCAGCUAGCUUGUCCGAUACGAAUGAAUUAAGCACGUACAACGCGAACACCUACAUGUCACGGUUUCGAAAUAAAUGGGAAGAAAGCAAGGAGAUAUGGAACGCUUUUUUUUCUUUUUGUCACUCUCGCUCUUAUGUAUUUUUUCUGAUCGCUUGUCUUUUGCUAUGCCUGUCCUUUUUCAUCCUAUUCUGUUCUUCAUCCUCUCUGUUCUCUUCUCUCUCAAUCGCUUGUCUGUGUUACUUUCUGUUAUCUAUCUAUGCUUCCCGGUUGUCUUUGCGUGCAAGGCAACGAUUAUGCUCUCUUUCACAUUCCUCUGUUUUUUCUUACUCUUACUCUCCACUUCUUACCUCUAUGCUUCCUUCCAAUACCAAGGAAACGCCUCUGAUAUAUCGAUCGAUAUUGACAAUACAUAUCUAUUUAGAAGUCUGGGGACAGAUAGUCAUACGUGUAUGUGUAUAAACCUAACCUCUGCAUAUCCUUGUCCCAACUCACUUUGCUAUGCGUUUCCUUUACUUGUCGUUUCCGCGAUUUCUAUCUGUUUUACUUUCUCAUUUUCUAUCUGUUGUUCCUGUAUUUGAUUUUCUAUCGAGUGGGGUUUAUCAAACCUCGAUGUAUGCAUGCCUGUCCUUCUGCCCUCGUACUAACAGUUUCCUGUUAUUUCCAAGUCUAACAUGUGUAUCUUUUU